GUUUUGGUGCUCUUUGACCCAAUUUUUCUUGUAGAAACUGGUAAACCUGAUAGCUUAGAAGGAAAUAUUUCUUCUCUUGCUGAUGUGCUGUCAACGGGGGUUAUUAUAAUUGCCUUAUUCGAGCUCUAUGAGAGCUCGCUACAAAGCUCACUCACUCUUCACUCUUACUGUGAGAAUCUGACAGAGACUAUUCUUGCUACGAUCUAUAUUGAUCUCAAACGACGUGGAAUGUCAGAUGAUGAGAUUGCUGUUAUUGAUACAUUCUGUUCGCAGUUUGUACUUCAUAUAUUCAACGAAAUCUUGCCAACACGGAAUACAUUUAUUAUUGGCGACUUCCUGUAUUCCAGCGAUAUUCAGAAAGAAAAUCGAGUAAUCGCCACUGAUUCACUAUCUGGAUCGCUACUGUCGACCCCAGUAUCUGCUUGUUACGAAGUUUUGAGGAUGGAAAUAGAAUCUCCUGAUCUUUAUGAGAGUAGCAUUUCUCCUUCAUUGAGCAGAAUGGGGGAGAAAGAUUCUGUGCAGCUCUCUGGAGCCCCAGCAGAAUAUCCAGGCUGGCACAACCAGCCCCUUCUUGAACGUAGGGAAUUCUUAUCUGACUUGGAAUGCAUCCGCACAAGUAUGGAACAGACAUCACGAACUGAAGAACCAUAUGGCAUCGAUGAUUUAAAUCAACUACCACUUGAUGUUUCCCUGGUUGAAACCGAGGCACUUCCGAAAGACAAACCUUUUCCACGCGAGGGCAUUUCUUCCAAGAACGAAGACGUUUUUGCCAGCGAAGAAAAUAUAAAUAGAAGAGAUGAUGUUGGACCACCGACGAAGCCGUCUCUACCAUCGAGCAAUAUCGAGGAGGACUUAUACUGGAAAGCAAAACAUUCAGCGCGAACAAUGUGUGCGAAAGCACGUGAAGUACGAACCGUGCAGAACGAACUCGAUCGUAGUUCCGACGCUCAAAAAAUGGUUGGAAAACGCUAUUUUGGGGCGCAUCUACAAAGACUCAACCACAACGAAUAUGCGAGGGAAGUGCCAGAAGCCACAACUGGAGCAGAUCAAGAAAUGGCCUCCGCUCUAGCCUCUCCAGAGGAAGGCUUACCCAUAUACGAGAGGUCGUCACCACUGUUGGAAGAAGAUGAAACUGCAGCCAUGUCCAAGAUUACUCUUGACGAAGACCAUGACAUGGUUGCAACACAACAGGGAAUUACUGAGCGGCCUCCUUUGCCACGAAGCUUUGUUAUAGAAGAGGAACUGCUAACGCAGGAGGAACUUGACCAUAUUGCUGCAGUACAGCGAGCAGCUGAGGAAGCCUCAUAUGUGAUUUCAAAGGCACAAGAAAUCACGAGGGAAGAGUCAGAAGCCACAUUUGGAGCAGAUCAAGAAGUGGCUUCCGAUCUAGCUUCUCCAGAA